GUUAUGGAAAUGUCAUUCUACAGCCAACAAGAAAUGUGUCACACAUCAAGUUCAGGGUAAAGACAAAGUGGAAGGCUGGAAAUGUUUGUCGAUAAAUAUUUGGUUACCAGUUGCCAGUUCAGCUGGGCAGGUUCUCACAAAAAGCCAGGAGAAGCUGUGGGGAAAGAUAACCAUUUUAAUGAGAGUUUUACAGGAAAAAGGACCUUGAAAAAUCCCUGCAGUAGAACCCCUUUCUAAAUUGGGCAGUACUUCCACCCACACCAAGUAGAAGCAAUCUUCAAAAGAAUAGUAGAGGAAGUUAAUCACUCGAGAUAACCUGAUGGCCUUCAGCUUCCUUCUGGAUUAUAUUUAAGCAGCAGGCUCCCUUCUCCUGCUGAUCUUGGGAGACAAAGCUAACUGCCUCUCGGUUAAUCCUUCUGACAAGGUCAACCAGCUCCCUGUCUAACAACCAUUCCCUUGCCGGAUCCUUAUGAUGAUGAUGCUGGUGGUGCUCCUCAUCUACACAUGCUGGCCCUACACGCCAGGGAACGGUGAGGUGGUGUCCUCUUUUGAAGACUUCUGUCCCCAGUUUUUCUUCAGAGGAACCCCACCAAGUAUGGGGCUUGACCCCUCACACCCUGCUCGGAUUUGCCAGCGUUACAAGAACCAAUAUCGGUACGCCACUCUGUAUGACAAAGAUAACCGCAUCCCGGUCUAUUCUGCCUACAUCUACAACCCUGGGACGGCAAAGAGGCCAGAUACGUGGAGGAUCGAACCCCAGCUCCUUGAUUCAACAUUCCCCCAGGAAAUGGAAACGGAAUGGGCUUUCCUGAAAGAAUAUAAUUCCCAAGAGGAAGCUCUCCAGGACAGCCAGGCCAUUGCACGAGAUUAUAAGAACCUUACCGGUCUCAACCGGGGUCAUCUCAACCCCAACUCGCACCAGCCUGAUCGAGAUGCAAAAUCGUCUACCUUCACUUUCACCAACAUCGUGCCUCAAGCCAUCAAGCUCAAUGGAGGGGCAUGGAACAAUUAUGAGCAAAAGACCAUGUUGCAGCAGACGGAAGGAUGCAACGAAACGUUUGCCGUGGUGGGAGCCGUGCCUGGCAACAACUACAUAGCUGAAGGGAGGGUAAACAAGCCCAGCUAUCUAUGGUCGGCCGCCUGUUGCGUGAUAGAUAACAAUCACAUGAAGUCUUGGGCGAUCAUUGCCCAGAAUGAUGAAAAUGUGGUCUACAGUCUGACUUUGAGGCAGCUGGAAGAAAGGUUAGCAAAACUGUAUAAUCUGAAUUACAUCUCCCUGUUUGAUCGUGACUGUCCCAGGGAAUAAAAAAAUACAAAAGAAAUGGC